GUAAAUAAGUAGUAUAUAGAGGAGAGUUCUGAGCCAUGGGGCUCCGAGCGGGGUGCGGGGCGCGGGGAGUACUUGUAGGCGCUGCGGGGGAAUGACGUCACGCGGGGAGAGGUAAGGGUCAGGAUGAUAUCAUCCGGACCUUUUAAAAAAAUUCCGGUUUUAUGGAGAAAAACUAAUCUUAUGAGAUAACAAUAGAUUAUAUUGGUUAUCUUUUAAAAUCCAUAAAUUAUGGGUAGAAGGCUGAUAUCUGUAACCUUUUUUCUCACUCUAUUCAUUGCGAUAGUAUCCGGUAUGCAUCAAGCAUGUAUGUGUGACAUAUAUAUGUAUGUUUUACCAUCUUACAUAUUUUAUUAAGAUGUUUAUUAUUAUUAUUAUUAAUGUUUAUAAAUAUAAACAAUUUCUUCGCGCCGAUAUUUCGGCUGCGCUUAGGUAUGAAAAGGUAUAGCGUUGAAUUAUCACUUUUAGAAACGUAUACCUAAGGUGCAUAGUACAAAAAUGUGUACAGCACUGUUAUCAGUUUUUUCAUCAGACCUGGCUCGAACGUAAACUGCUUUUACGUAUUAUCUUUGACCGAGGUAUACUGCAAUUCAUGUAAAAACCAUAUCCUCACGUUCAGGUCAAGAGAUAUAGACGAAAUAUAACUGCUUAGAAAGUGCAUAGGGCUACAGUCGCUGUGAGACCUUUGAAUCGAAGUAUAGCAAAGAAUCGAAGUAAUUCUCUGAAUAACGUGAAAGUAAUUGAUUGCUAAAAAGUGUUAAAAAGGUGUUGAAAAAAACAUGGAACAAUUUGAUCAAGAGGAACGUGAGCUCCUGGAGCAAGCUGGCAGAGUCGCUACUCUAGUUGAAUAUUUUGCAUGGUUACAACAAUGUGAUGAAUUUAUACAGCGGCUUGAGGAACGUAGUCGCGUCAAGCGUCCUCGAGUCACCGUCGGACAGAGACAAUCGUUGGUGGCGAGGAUCGCGCGACUCGAAGGUGAAAAGACGCGAUUACGAAGACAUUUCGAGCACGUCGGCGGUAAUUACGCGAGUGAUAACGAGGAAAGACUCGUAUGGCGCGAGAUAGAUACCGCGUUUUAACUGGUGCGAUAAUUAACACAAAUUACAUCGAACCGCGACAGUUUCUCGAAGACGCAGGUGGUAUAGUGAUCGAGCGAGUGCGGAACGUUUUAGAAACACAUGACAGUAUAAAAGUGAAUACCGCGUUUAACGGUAAAUUCGUAACGGGUGAAAAGCGCGCUAGCAAAAGCAUUACCACGAAAAAUUGUGAAUUAUUCCGAACAUUGGACUUGAACGAGUGGUACGAGCGACACAUCAUCGAGCCUACGUUAACGUCGCUCGAAGAGUUUCAGGAACGCGAUAGCGGGUGGGCGCUUUCACGUAUAUUGAAUUUGAUUAUUAAUAUAAAUAAGUACAAUCCUUUACACGCAGGGUGUUAUGUGACAUUGCCGCAAGAAAUAAUUUUGAAAAAAGCGGUAGUGAAUGUAAAAUCGAUGGACAAUGCGUGUUUUGCGUGGUCGGUGGUCGCCGCUUUACACCCUGCUAAAGAAUAUUCGUAUCGGGAGUCAUCGUAUCCGCAUUAUACAACGGUUUUAAAGUUCGAUGACAUCAAGUUUCCCGUUACAUUAAAGGAUAUUAAGAAAUUUGAGAGACUCAACGAUGUGUCGGUCAAUGUUUACGGGAUGAGAAUUAUCGCCUCCGUCGCACAGGUUGAGAUUUAUACACUACGACUCACGGACAACAAGAGGGAGAAGCAUGUUAAUCUUCUAUACGUGGAAGAUUCGCGCGAAGACAGCGUGGGACACUUUGCGUGCAUCAAGAAUCUAUCUCGCCUAGUGAGCUCGCAAGUGAGCAAGCAUAAUGGGAAAAAAUACAUUUGUAAUCGGUAUGUAUAUUAUAUAAAAAAUAAAUACUCUCGUGUUUCUAUCUCUUAAAAAAAAA